ACGAUAUACGAGCUAAUCUCCAAGAGCAAGUUCACCACAAAGUUCGCCAAGCUAGUCGACGACCACCCUAGCGUGGUGGAUCUGCUCAACAGCACCUCUGCCAACUACACGCUGUUUGUGCCUGUGGAUAAGGCCUUUGAGGACAUCCCAGACGAUCACAAGAAGCCUAGCAAAGAGUUUAUCGAAAACGCCCUGCUCUAUCACAUUGCCAAGGGCGAAUAUCCCGCCCGCAAGAUCCUGCACUCGUACACGCUGCCCACCGCCUAUGACGAGGAGUUGCUGGGCGGUGAGCCCCAACGUCUCCGUUCUUCUGUUGGUUUGGGCGGAGUCAAACUCAACUUCUACAGCAAGGUGAUUGCUGCUGACAUUGCAGCCAAGAACGGGAUUAUCCACGCUGUCAAUCAUAUCCUAGUUCCGCCCCCCUAUGUCGGUCGAAUUAUUACUCUCUUCCCCGACCGGUUCUCGACCCUGCUGCUGGCCUAUGAGAAGACGGAGUUUGUCAAGUUCAUUCACGGCGUCAACCUCAAGGGCAGCACCGUCUUCGUCCCCACCAAUGAGGCCUUUAACUGGCUGGGCCCCAAGGCAAAUGCCUUUCUUUUCAACACCGACAAGGGUCGCAAGUACCUAAAGGCCAUCCUCAAGUACAACAUUGUGCCUAACGCUACGCUCUAUACCGAUGCAUUCUACGACGAGAGAGAUACGAAGCAGCAGACGGAGCCGGCUGAAGAGCUCAAGAGCGAGCAUUACGACCUGCCCACGCUGCUCGGUGACGCCCACAUCAGUGUUGACAUUGCCCGCAUUUUUGGUUUCGCCUCAAUUAAAGUGAACGGCUAUUCGCGAGUGGUUGUGCCCAACGGUGUUGCCAAGAACGGCGUGAUCCAGGUCGUCAACCGAGUUCCUCUGCCCCCUCACAAGGGCCAUCGCCAUCACCAUUCAGACAACGUCGGUGGGAUUGAAGUCAAGGACCUGAUGAGCAGACUUGCGGAUUACGUGUGA